AUGUCAUCGAAUAAAAAUUUUCAAGUUUAUUUAACUGGUGGUUUUGCUGCUAUAGGUGGUCUUCUCUUCGGUUAUGAUACUGGAGUCAUUUCAGGCGUUCUUACAAUGUCAGAUUUUCUUCUGGCAUUUGGUGGCAUCGCAAGUAUCACACGUGGUUCAUUAAUAAGUUCUGUAUCAGGUUCUAUUGUGGGUAUUAUGCUUGUUGGUUGUUUUGUUGGUGCACUUUUAGCAGGUCCAGCCGGUGAUCAUUUUUCACGAAAAUAUUCCAUAGUAAUUUUUUCCAUUGUUUUUAUCAUUAGUGCUAUUUUACAAACAGGAUCAUUUAAUUUAUUCAUGUUGCUUCUAUCUCGUCUUGUUGCUGGAAUAUCGGUUGGUGCAUUAUCAAUGCUUGUACCCGUAUAUCAAUCAGAAAUAGCAACGAACAAAAUUCGUGGACGUCUUGUAUCACUUCAACAAUGGGCUAUAACAAUUGGUAUUGCAAUUAGUUUUUGGAUUAAUUAUAGUAAAAAAAAAAAAAAGUACAAAUAUAUAUUUUUUGGUAGUAGUGCUGCAUGGCGUAUACCAUUAGCAUUACAAAUUGUUCCAGCAUUAAUACUUGCUAUAGGUAUUAUAUUUUUUCCAUUUUCACCACGUUGGUUAAUGACUCAAGAUCGUGAUAAUGAAGCAUUACGUGUUUUAAUACAAAUUUGUUCAACUUCAUCAAUUAAUGUACUUGAUGAAUAUAAUGAUAUUAAAAAUGAAAUUGAUUUUGAACGUGAAAAAUCAAUUAAAUUAUAUUCACAAUUUUUUUAUCCACCAUUACGUCGUCGUUUAAUACUUGGUAUAAGUAUACAAAUUUUACAACAACUUACUGGUAUUAAUUCUGUUAUGUAUUAUGCACCGGAAAUUUUUAAACAAACUGGCUUAAAUGAUCUACGUGCAUCAUUACUUGCAACAGGCAUUAAUGGAUGUGUAAUUAUUCUUGCAACAAUACCAGCUAUUUUAUUUAUUGAUAAAUUAGGUCGACGUUUUAUAUUAAUUAGUGGAGCAAUAAUUAUGGCUUUAUCAAUGUUAAUUAUUGGUGGAACAAUGAGUGCACAUGGAUCAACAUAUUUUAAUGAAACAACAGAUGCUAUACAAUUUACUAUACCAAAUCGAUAA